AUGGCUUCACCGUCCUCUCCUAAAUCGCCGUCCUCUCCCAAAUCUCCAACUCCGAAAUCCCCUUCUUCUCGAAAGAAAGAUGAUUCGUUCCUGGGAAAACUUGGUGGAACUUUGGUGAGAAGGAAAAAAGCCAAAGAAGUAUCUGAGCUCCAGGAAGAAGGGAUCAACGCGAUCAACCUGCCUCUGAGCCCGUCCCAGUAUGAACUGGACCCAGAGGACACCAUGCUGGAGGAGAACGAGGCCAGGACCAUGGUGGACCCAAACUCAAAGAAUGACCCAAAGCUUCAAGAGCUGAUGAAGGUCCUGAUCGACUGGAUCAAUGAUGUACUGGUGGGAGAGAGGAUCAUUGUGAAAGACUUGGCAGAGGACCUGUACGACGGCCAAAUCCUGCAGAAACUCUUUGAGAACCUGGAGGGGGAGAAGCUGAACGUUGCCGAGGUAACGCAGUCCGAGAUCGCCCAGAAGCAGAAGCUGCAGACCGUUCUAGAACGCAUCAACGAAACCCUGAAACUGUCCUCCCGGAGCAUCCGCUGGAACGUGGACUCUGUUCAUGCUAAAAGCAUCGUGGCCAUCCUCCACCUGUUGGUGGCGCUGGCGCAGCAUUUCCGAGCCCCGAUCCGACUGCCCGAUCAUGUCUCCAUCCAGGUGGUGGUGGUUCAGAAACGCGAAGGGAUCCUGCAGUCUCACCAGAUCCAGGAGGAGAUCACCGGGAACACUGAAGCUCUUUCAGGGAGACAUGAAAGAGACGCUUUUGACACACUCUUCGACCAUGCUCCUGACAAGCUCAGUGUUGUGAAGAAGACUCUCAUCACCUUUGUGAACAAACACUUGAACAAGCUCAACCUGGAGGUAUCUGAACUAGACACUCAGUUUGCAGAUGGAGUCUACCUGGUGCUGUUGAUGGGGUUACUGGAGGGGUAUUUUGUUCCUUUGUACAACUUUUUCCUCACGCCAGAGAACUUUGACCAAAAGGUACAUAACGUGUCCUUCUCUUUCGAACUGAUGCAAGAUGGCGGUCUGGAGAAACCUAAGCCCAGACCGGAAGAUAUAGUGAACUGUGAUCUGAAGUCGACACUGAGGGUUCUCUACAACCUCUUUACCCGAUACAGAAAUGUCGACUGAGCGGGGGGAGGGGACACAUUUAGAGAGACAGACCACUUCCUGUUAUCCAAUGUCUUUAUUUCACUAAUGUAUGUUUGAGAGGAGUUGAUACGGCUUGUUUUGUCAUGUGAACAAUUGCAUGUAAAAGAACAGAAAAUCGUAUUCAGAUAUGCAGUAUCAUUGAUUGUAAACAUUUUGUGAUAUAGAAUGUUUAAUCAAUAAUCUAUUCAGUCUUUUUUUAUAUAUAUCUCAUAACAAAAAUUAGAUUUUUUUUUUACAUAAAAUAAAUAAAUGUCUUAAUGGAUACACAUCUAAACCUAAAAAUAUAGUCCUAAAAUAAAUGAAAAAUGUGACCAUAAAUAGACUAUGACAACAUAUUGUAUAUGUUCAUUACAACAACAAAUGUUGUACUUAAAGACACUUCUGCAUUCCCUUUGACAUUCCCAGACCAGAUUUCUUACAUCAUGUUAUAUGGAAGUGUCUUUAUUUGUGUGGAUAAGGUCAGUGUUUGAUGAGAUCUCUUAAGCUAUUUCUUUCAAACUCGACUACCAUGGUUUAUAUCCACUUAAAUGACACCUACGCUAUUCUAAAUGAGAUACUUCAGGAAAUCUUUUUUUAUGAUAAUUCUUACCAAAUCUUUGAACAAUAAAGCAUUCCAACUGA